AUGCCUAAUCAAAAGUCAUUGCUGCUACCACGUUUUCGGUCGAAUUCGAGUUCUUACAGUCGUGAUCAUGAGUUAUCCUCUUAUAAAACACCUCGAACCCUCAGUUCCGAUGAGAUCAGAAUAGGGAAUUUUUCUCAGUUGGGCAUCAAGCACGAUGACGAUGCUCAGGAGAAUAGCAUAGUCUCGCAAGAAGGUUCUGCACGGAGGCGAGAUGGGAGUGAUAGACGGAAACAUUUCACCAAGGUUCUCCAGCGACCCUUGUUUCAUCAAAAAUCACCCCACAAGAGGUGUAGCUGUUCGGCGUCACACGACAGCGGCGUCCAAGUUGCGUGGAGGGAUGGACCCAAGAGAUCCUCACUCGAUCAGCGAAAGCCGUACUGUAGUGUACAAGUAUCCCCAGUGAAACUCAUGACGAGUUGUGAUCGUAGUUCUCUAUGCGAGCUGCCGCUGCGCUCUGGGCAACAACACAGCAGCGCAUGGUCCUAUCCCUUGUUCCCCCCAAGUGUGCCACUUUCAGAUAUAUCUCUUCGAUCCACGUCUCCGGAUAAGGCUCGAUUGCCCCAUCAUAACCCCCUUUCAAUCUCUCUGUCAUCGCGAGCCGAAUGUCUUCGACAGGGACGGCGAGGGAGGCGGAACACCGUGGGAUCUAUGAGACGGGAUGCGCCUGGCGAGCACAUCCCGACGCCCGAGGGGGUACUCAGGAGGCCCUUGAUUCUGAGCCGCUCCUCUAGAAAGCGAGGAGACACCGUUCACGCGGUGCCUUCUUUCACCUAUAGUGAUCCGAAAGCCGCCAUGAGCGUGGAGGAGGUCUAUCCCGCCCACUUCACAAGGGGAACCUCACGAGAGGGGACCACAGGACGCGACCAAUGCCCUCAAGGGCUGAAUUCGUACCCCAACCACACGGGCGUCCACCACACGUCUCACUUUAGGGACGACUUGCCCCGUGCUAGCGUGCUCUCGCCCGUCACCUCGGGUGCGGCCAGCCUGCAUUCCAUGCAGGACAGCUUCUGUAGUUCCAUCCAGACGCAGGAGAGACGGUUAGGGGUAUCGUCAUGCUCUUUUGACACGUCGGCCAUGUUCGAGGAGGACAGCUUCACUUUCAAGAGCUUGCAUCGUGUCGUGCAGCGGGAGACAUGGCGACCGCGAUUUCGCUUCGCUCGUGUGCUCUCACUGUCGCGGCGUAGCUUUUUUCGCUCACCGCAUGAUAAGGAUGAAGUCUGGGGAAACGGUGGGAACCGCACUAAACGCAACCCUAGCCCUGAAGUAUUCGAAGAAACACCACUUACUCGUGCGGAGGGUAAGCGAUGCUGCGCCAAGUUAUUGAAUCAGUAUGGUAGAUUCUUGAAUAAUUGCGAUCAUAAAUCGACUGUGGUGGAGGAUGACGAUACCUGCCACGAAGAUGAUUCCAUCUUAAGUGCUGGAGGAGGGUACAUACAGUUCCACACAGAACCUCCGCGUCAGGACCCGAACUGCGCACCCUUGUCGACCCAGAAUAUGUGUGUACCUAUGCUGCCGAGAUUCACGCGAAUUUACCCCUCUGAAGACCUAGAACGCUUGAGAAGCGGUGCAGAGACUGCCAGAAAGCAAGAGGUCUCAAAGAUGGUUCGUGGCAACCACUCGGGAUCUAUCGAUGCUCUCAGAGCUGGCGACAACAGCAGGGGCUUUCUCCGCUUGUCAUGCUUUAUUUCAGACGAACAAUGCAUGUCUACACUUCACGCGGCGCGUGCGUAA